AUUUGGACUACGGUCCAGCUGCGGUGCACCCGCCUCCUGCACUCUUUCUAGGGAGCUAAGCAGCCUGCUGGCUGGAUCCGUGAGCAGGGGGACGAAGCUCCAUGCCUAACGACGACGCAUUCGGCAAGCCCUCUACACCGACGGAGGUUCCUCACGCUCCCGGGGCUCCGCCGCAGGGCAAAGCCGGGGGCUACAGCAAAGCCACAGGGGCGAUGGCCGGAGCAGCCGGGGGCUCCAGUGCGGGGGGCAGCGGAGGUGCCUCCGGCUCCGGGCCGUCGGGCCUGGGCUCUGGAAGCAAGAAGUCCCCGAGGCUGCCCAAAUGCGCUCGCUGCAGGAACCACGGCUACGCGUCGCCGCUCAAGGGCCACAAGCGUUUUUGCAUGUGGCGGGACUGCCAGUGCAAGAAGUGCAGCCUGAUUGCCGAGCGACAGCGGGUGAUGGCCGCGCAGGUGGCCCUGAGAAGACAGCAGGCCCAGGAAGAGGAGCUGGGCAUCAGCCACCCCAUUCCACUGCCCAGCGCAGCAGAGCUGCUGGUCAAAAGAGAGAAUAGUGCCAGCAACCCGUGCCUGAUGGCUGAGAGCAGCAGCUCGGCCCAGCCCCCACCGGCCAGCACCCCAACCCCCACUGUCUCAGAGGGACGCAUGGUCAUCCAGGAUAUCCCUGCUGUCACCAGCAGAGGGCACAUGGAGAACGCACCUGACCUGAUGUCAGACCCCGCCUACUACAGCAGCUUUUACCAGCCGUCUCUGUUUCCUUACUACAACAAUCUGUACAACUACCCCCAGUACUCCAUGGCCUUGUCUGCUGAGUCCUCCUCAGGGGAGGUGGGAAACCCCCUUGGGGGAUCCCCUGUGAAGAACAGCCUGCGUAGUCUCCCAGCACCUUACGUGCCUGCUCAGACUGGAAACCAGUGGCAGAUGAAGACCUCAGAGGGCCGCCACCCAGUGAGCUCCCAAUACCGGAUGCACUCAUACUACGGGCCUCCCUCCUACCUGGGUCAGAGCAUGUCCCAGAUCUUUACCUUUGAGGAAGGCCCCUCCUACUCAGAAGCCAAAGCAAGUGUGUUCUCGCCGCCCAGCAGUCAAGAUUCUGGCUUGGUUUCCCUCUCCAGCAGCUCUCCGAUGAGCAACGAGAGCACGAAGGGAGUUCUGGAAUGCGAGUCUGCGUCCUCUGAACCUAGCAGCUACGCCGUCAACCAGGUCCUGGAAGAAGAUGAGGACGAGUGAGCCGCGGGGGCGAGCCUGGGGGCGACUCAGUUCACAGGGUAUUAGGAGGCUUGUUUUGUUAAUCGGCAGGGUUUGUUGUUAUUUGAAUCGGUUGUACUGGCUCUGUCCAGUCAGAAGUUUGGUUCACGUUAGAGUUAGGUUAAAACCCUUGUAACAGUGUAGGAUCCCAGACUACCAUCUGCGAG